UUUAUCACCGUGUUUAGGGAAUUAGGGCUCAUGCGUCGGGUUGCUUUGGACUAGUAGACCUAAUCCCAUAUCCAAACAUCAAUACAGGGCUGUAGUGUUCUGUUCUGUGGCUCGUAGAAGUAAGAAAUUCGUGUCACUGCUGCCAGCCUUACAUUCCAUCGUUGCACCUCACAUUUGGUAUUUGGAGGGAUAAAAACAGGAAAAGAAAUGGCGACGGCAGUCAUCAAGAACAACUUCUAUAACGUCUCUUCGAUAGUUCUGAAACCAUCAACCGCCAUUCCAACUACCGUGGCAAUGUGCUCGAACUUCUGUCCCCGUAUUUCCAACCGCUUGCCAGGCCCACCCAUCUCAUCAUUCCCUACUCAGCCACGCCUUUGUGUCUCUGCCAACGCCUUUUCUUCUCAGGCUACCAAUGCAACAUCUAAAGAGGAACUUCCAUCUCGAAUAGGAUUUUUGGGUAUUGGAAUAAUGGGCUCUCCAAUGGCACAAAAUCUGAUAAAAUCUGGAUGUGAUGUGACUGUUUGGAAUAGGACCAAGAGCAAGUGUGAUCCUCUCAUCAGCUUGGGAGCAAAAUAUAAAUCAUCUCCAGAGGAAGUCGCUGCAUCUUGUGAUGUCACAUUUGCGGUGCUGGCUGGUCCUGAAAGUGCAGUGGAUGUUGCCUGUGGCAAGUAUGGAGCUGCAAAUGGGUUGCGCCCAGGGAAAGGGUAUGUGGAUGUUUCAACAGUUGAUGGUGUUACCUCCAAAUUGAUUAGCAAACAUAUUAAAGCUACUGGGGCAUUAUUUUUAGAGGCUCCAGUUUCAGGCUCCAAAAAGCCUGCAGAAGAUGGGCAGCUGAUAUUUCUAACUGCAGGCGAUAAACCUCUAUAUGAAACUGUUGCUCCACUCUUAGACAUCAUGGGGAAGUCAAGGUUUUACCUUGGGGAUGUUGGAAAUGGAGCAGCAAUGAAACUUGUUGUCAACAUGAUCAUGGGGAGUAUGAUGGCAUCUUUUUCAGAAGGUUUAAUCCUUUCUGAGAAGGUUGGUCUGGAUCCAAAUGUUCUAGUUGAGGUAAUUUCACAAGGUGCCAUAAGUGCACCAAUGUUCUCAACCAAAGGUCCUUCAAUGGUUCAAGCCACAUAUCCAACUGCAUUUCCUUUGAAGCAUCAGCAAAAGGACCUAAGACUUGCUCUAGGUUUAGCAGAGUCUGUUUCCCAGCCUACUCCUAUUGCAGCAGCUGCAAAUGAACUUUACAAGGUAGCGAAAUCUCAUGGUCUCAAUGACCAGGAUUUCUCAGCAGUCAUUGAAGCGUUGAAAACAAAACUGCAAUCCUCAGAAAAUUAGUAAAUUACCUCCUAUGAUUCAUGUAAUAAUGGUAUCUGAAUUGCCUUUUCCACUUAAGAAUGAUAUGUAUUAUGCAUCUGGGUCCCAAGUUGGGUUUUUUUAAGUUGCAACCAACUUGAUUAUUCAUUUUAGUUCAUUGUUCACAUGGUAGGCAUGAAGUGCUGAUUAUUGUUAUGAUAGAAAUUAUUAAUGGAUGCUCAUUUCUAAUUCAAAACAUAGUGGAUCAUUUAUUGGUUUCAGAUA